AUGGCUUCCAUUCCUGAUUUCUUUUCCGACUAUCAAUUUCCUCCAGAUGAUUUUUCAGAGGUUACAUCAAUAAUGGCUGACGAAGAUCAAAGUUAUGUGAGAACUGAUUCAUUUUCUAGCACAUAUAUGUCAAGUUGUGCAAUUUCUAAUUUUAGUUGUGCAGUGUUAGGUGAUCAUCAAGAUCAUGGCAACUUUCCAGUGAUGUCUGAUCAUAGAAAUGGUGAUGCAUUUGAUAUUUUUCUGGGGGAAUCUGAGAUCAUGUCCCCGAUUCCAGUAACCAAUUCAUUGCCUCAACCCUCUGGCAUUUUGGAUAUAGAUGUACUACCCCAAUUAAUGGAUUAUAAAAUGGGGGGGCACAGGGCUGACAUUGCUAAAAUUCAGAAUUUCGAUGCUGGUUUCCGAUGGCCGGAAGGUUAUGCCAAAUUUUACGCCCCUCUGCCCUCUUUUCGGAGAAAAAUGGGUAUGCAAGAAGUUGAAUACGAUCAAACGGCGUCAACUAAAAACUCCGACACGAAAAAUGUUGCCCGGUAUACAGCAGAAGAGAGGAAAGAGAGAAUUCUCAAGUAUCUGAAGAAGAAAAACCGCAGGACGUAUAACAACAACGUUAAGUACGCUUGCAGAAAAACCAUAGCUGAGGGGAGACCUCGUGUUCGCGGGAGAUUUGCAAAGCCCGACGAAGUUUUCGAAGAAGAAACUGAAGUUAAGACGAAUGAUAUUAUACUUCAUAAGCACCAAGAAGAAGGAAAACAUAGUGACGGUGAAGCCAUGCGGGCACUUCUAGCCACAAUAUUCGAAGAAGAAUGCUAG